CAAGGGGUGAGCACUGCUUGGGAACAGGUUGUUGAAAGACCCUCCUAAAAUCUUUUUCAUGGAGACUCGAAACCUCUGGCCCGCCUGGACCCUUAACACCAUGUUCUGGCUUCCUGCUCCAGUUUUCCCUGACCAGCUCAGAAACUCUUUCGUCGAUGAUCCUGAAUCGUGCCCUUCCCACUGCUGAAGCACUAAUUGAGAGGAAAGUUCAGGUUCACCCUCGGUGUCCGGUUUGUUGGGGUGAUUCAGAAUCCUUGGAACAUCUGUUCCUUUAUUGCCCGGUGGCUCGUGCUCUUUGG